AUGGCUUCUACAGACGACGACCCAGAUGGACAUGGCGGUGAUGCCGCCAAAACUAGCAGGGAGACUUCUACCCCUGAUGCUCCUGAGCUGUUGACUCAUUUCCAUCUAUUCCCUCAAUUACCAACCGAGCUCCGUUGCAGGAUCUGGAAGAUGGCCAUCUGCACAGAUAAGACACCAAAGAUUCAUUAUUACUCGCUAUACAAUGAUGACUACGGAUACCGGCAGAGCCGCCUUCCGGAGCUGAUCGAUAUGUACAUGAAGCCGGGACCGGAAGACUGGGUAUUUAGGCCCGUCACCCCUCAUCCACUACAAUACAAGCCGCAACAGUGUGAUUGGGCCGAUGAUAAUCGUUUCCUAAGUUACUGGAAUGCUGGCCUACGGACUGCGUGUUGGGAGUCCCGAACAAUUCUCGUGCGUUACUACGGCCCCAGGCCAAGAAGACAGGAUCCCUUCGCCUUCGUCAACAAGCGCCCGUAUAAGAGGAAGAAGAAAAAGAAGAAGAAGUCUUCCUCAACCACAAGUCCUGGGAAGAUCGUCACUAUACGCGAAAACAAGGAAAUCAUCCACCUCGACUUCUCUAAGCGCGAUAUUGUAUGUUUCCGAUUCCCACCCGAUGAAAUGGCUCGCUGCGUCUUCCUUAAGUGGGAGGAACUACUUACCCGGCUUCCAUUCUAUCAUCUUCCGCAGAAUUCAGACAUCAACCUCGCUUUCGAAUUCGAACAUAGCUGGAACGAGGGCCUAGGAAUAACAAAGGCUGGUGUUCGCAGAAAUCUUGCAGAGGCUUCGGCAAGAGGUCUGGUCUUGAGAGCCUUCUGGGCAUGGAAGGUGGGAGCCAUUCCACGAUGGACUCGGCUGUACCUGAUUGAUCGAGCAGAGCCACUCCCACCCAAAUAUCAGAUUGGGAGAAACUACGAUUUGCGGUACGUGCCCAGCUUGAAGUAUCACAGGGAAUUCCCGUGCCAGCGCCGGGAAAGCCGUGUAUUCAUUGAUGGAGAGGACAAAUAUGUGGAAAGCUACUCGUGGGAUCGCGAUGGACAGAAUUGUUACAAUCGCCAUACGGAAUCUGUGCCUGUAGCCACGUUCAUGCGGACGGUGGACCGGUAUCACCGCCCAUCGCCAGAUGAUCUGUGCGGUCGUGAGGAUCUUCCCUUCUAUGGUGAGAUCUUCUUCAGGGUGUUACGACCGAUACCCAGGACAGAAGACUAG